AUGUGCAAAUCUAAGAAAAGCACCACCGUGGUGCAACCCACGAACAGAAACCCUAGACGAACCCCAACUUCUCCUUCAAAUUUUCCAUCUUCCAACAGUGAAGUUCCAAUCACAGAAUCAAGAAGUUACGUAUACGGUGGAAAAGACAGAGAAUGGUCCAAAACCUCUUCUUCUUCCGUUUCUAGCCACGCUUCUCUUGCAAGCCUCAAACACAAUCUUCCAGAAAACCCUCACAUCUACCCUUUAUCUGAGAUCUCAACCGCCACCGCUAACUUUACCGCAAACCGUCUCUCCUCCAACUCUUUCCGCUGCUCCCUACGUGAUCGGGAGGUUGUCGUUUUCCAGCGGAAAUUCCGCCGUCAGAUAGACCUUCCGGAGCUUCGUGACCGUCUCGCGAUUAUCUGCCGGAGCCACCAUAGUAGUCUGGUUAAACUCCUCGGAGCUUCUGUUUCUGGUAACUGCAUUUACCUCGUUUAUGAGUUUGUUCCUGGUGCUAACCUUUCUGAUUGCCUUCGUAAUCGCCGGAACCCUAGCUUCACUAGUCUCGCCACGUGGACCUCACGGAUGCGAAUCGCCUCCGAUCUUGCUCACGGUCUUGAUUAUGUCCAUAAUUCCUCUGGUUCUGGUUCUGGUUUCGUCCACAACCACAUCAAAACUUCUAGCAUCCUUGUGUCCGAAGAGAAUUUUGGCGCGAAGAUUUGUCAUUUCGGUACGUCGGAGCUCUGCGGCGAGGCCGUCGGUGAGUCAUCUUUAACGGUUUCCGGCAGGAUUUUGAAGAAGUCUGGUAGCCGUGGGGUGAGAUUUGAAGGGACGAGGGGGUACAUGGCGCCGGAGUUUAUUUUAACAGGCGCGGCAACGCAGAUGACAGACGUGUACGCGUUCGGUGUGGUGGUUCUGGAGCUUCUGAGCGGGGAGGAAGCGGUGAGGUUUGAAUUGGAAGGUGAUGCCGGCGGGUACAGGAGGGUAAGUGUGGUGGAUACGGCGAUGGAGGCCUGGAAGGAGCACGGCGGUGUGAGAAAGUGGGUUGAUCGGAGGUUGAGGGAUUCGUUUCCGAUGGACGUGGCAGAGAAAAUGACCCGGGUCGGGUUGGAUUGUGUUGCGGAUGAUCCGAAUGAGAGACCGGAUAUGGGACGGGUAUCAAUGGAAGUAUCCAAGUUGUAUUUGGAGUCGAAGGAGUGGGAGGAAAAAUUAGGAACUAACAUUGAUUUUUCGGUCUCAUUAGCCCCACGUUGA